GGAGCUCAGCCUAGAGUCUGUUCCCUCAUGUCUGCCAGAUAUCCUGUGUGGAAUCUCUUGGCUCAGUUUGGCCAGGUAAGCCUUAAGCUGCACAUUAGCCUUGGCCUCGCCAUACUGGGAAGUUUCUUGUCUGGGGGCUCUUAACCUGUUGUGUGAAAGAAGGUACCCGGUGUCAUUUGCACCUCAGAGACUCACAUCAUUCUUGGUCAUUGGAAGUGACCGUUUCUCGAAUGAACGAACUCUCGGAUGAAGGUAUAUUUGGUCACCAUGAAGCCUCUGCACCCAGCCCUCCCUAGCUGCCUCCUGUUGGUGCUGUUUGCUCUCUGGUGGUCUGUCCCCCAGGCUCAAGCCUCCUCUGCUGCGCUGCCGCCUCUCACUGCCAUGUCUUUCCUGGAAGAUCUCAUGGAACGCUAUGGAGAAAAUGACAGCCUUACCCUGCCACAGCUGAAGACCUUACUCAACAGUGUGGGAGUAGGCCGAGAUAACGUUACCCAGCGCAAGGAAGGACACAGGAACGUCUCCACGUGCCUUAGCUCUGGAGAUCUCUUUGCUGCCCACAAUUUCAGCGAGCAGUCUCAGAUCGGGGUGAGUGAGUUUCAGGAGUUCUGCCCCACUAUUCUCCAGCAGUUGAAUUCCCAGGCCUGCACCUCAGAAAACCAAGAGAAUAAGGAAAACGAGCAGACCGAGGAGGGGAAGCCAAGCGCCAUUGAAGUAUGGGGGUACGGUAUCCUCUGCGUUACCGUCAUCUCCCUCUGCUCCCUCAUGGGGGCCAGCGUGGUGCCCUUCAUGAAGAAGACUUUUUACAAGAGGCUGCUGCUCUACUUCAUAGCCUUGGCGAUUGGAACCCUCUACUCCAACGCCCUCUUCCAGCUCAUCCCUGAGGCUUUUGGUUUCAACCCUCAGGACAAUUAUGUCUCCAAGUCUGCAGUGGUGUUUGGGGGUUUCUACCUUUUCUUUUUCACAGAGAAGAUCCUGAAGAUGCUUCUCAAGCAGAAGAAUGAGCACCACCACGGACAUAACCAUUUUACCUCCGAGACACUUCCUUCCAAGAAGGACCAGGAGGAGGGUGUGAUAGAGAAGCUACACAAUGGGGACCUGGGCCACAUGAUCCCUCAGCACUGCGACAGCGAGCUGGAUGGCAAGGCCCUGGGCAUGCAGGAGAAGGUCAUCGUAAGCUCCAUGUCUGUGCAGGACCUGCAGGCAUCCCAGAGUGCUUGCUACUGGCUCAAAGGGGUGCGAUACUCUGAUAUCGGCACCUUGGCCUGGAUGAUCACCUUAAGCGACGGUCUCCACAACUUCAUCGAUGGCCUGGCUAUUGGUGCCUCCUUCACCGUGUCCGUUUUCCAAGGCAUCAGUACGUCAGUGGCCAUUCUGUGUGAGGAAUUCCCGCAUGAGCUGGGAGACUUUGUCAUCCUGCUCAAUGCUGGUAUGAGCAUCCAGCAGGCUCUCUUCUUCAACUUCCUUUCUGCUUGCUGCUGCUAUGUGGGUCUGGCCUUUGGCAUCCUGGCUGGCAGUCACUUCUCUGCAAACUGGAUUUUCGCACUGGCUGGAGGAAUGUUCCUGUAUAUUGCUCUAGCUGACAUGUUCCCUGAGAUGAACGAGGUCUGCCAAGAGGACGAAAGGGAGGACAGCUUCUUGGUCCCCUUUGUCAUCCAGAAUCUUGGCCUCCUAACCGGCUUCUCCAUCAUGCUGGUCCUCACUAUGUAUUCAGGGCAGAUCCAGAUCGGGUAGGACCCUGUCAGUGGGGAGCCCGUGGCAUUGGCCAUUGGGCUCUAGGCCAUCUGGUCCCUGGCCUGAGGACUCAGCAUCCAUGAAGCGUCAUGGAAGAGACAGUUCUUUAAACACUGGCACAGCCUGCCUGCCUGCAUUCAGACGUUAGCUGUUUCUGAAUGCUCUGUCCCAGGAAGAAGCUGCCCUGCAAAUCCCUAGGUAGUUAGUGCCUCGGACCAGCUCCCCGACCCUUUCCACUCAUGAUUCUGCAACUGAAAUGCCACGUGUAGGACACGCCUCCCUUUUCCUUCUGGUCACCCUUGUGUCUGUCUCUUGGAAGAAGCACCAAGAGAUGUGGAAUCUUUUACAAUGUAAAAAUGAAGCCAGUGGUCAGGGUUUGGUUAGAAAUCUGAGGGUGACCUCCAGCUUUGGGGCUUGUGACUCUAAAUGUGUGUGCCCUGGACUUCACGCUGGUCCAUCUUCAAAUGUCUUCUCAUGUAUUUACAGAGAAAGGGCAGAAGACAAGAAGCCUUUGUUUGUUUGUUUGUUUGUUUGUUUGUUUUUCCCCAGACUUGACAUUCCAAGCCAAUGAGUAGAGCAGGCAGAGAGGCAGGGACUGUCUUGAGUGAAAAGGAAGUUAAACUAGGGAUGGGUUCCUGUCUCCUUGGGGCUCCUUGGUUUCCACUGGGAGGCUGCGUGCUGCCCCUGUGCAGCAUCUGGAGUCACAUCGUCAGCCAGGUGAGCCACUGUGGACCUUCUUUGGAGCCACAAGAGCUCUAUGUUAACUCACUUUUGCCCUGAUUCUCACACC